AUGGAGGAACUUGCGCGGCAGUUUGAGCAACAAGGCAUUCGGUGCUCAGGAGCCGCUCCUCAGCGGCUGUGGUGCUCGUUUUGCACCACCUACCGGGAGGACUUGGCUAAAUCUAAUGACCCUCAUAGUGAGCGGGAGGGAGAGGUCGGCGUGAAAGCGGAAGAGGGGGAGACCCGGACUCUCGAUGAAGCGGCACGUGCCGAUUCUGAUUCUAGUUCCUCAUCAACACCGGGCCCGACUCAGGCCCGCCACACGAGGACUCCUUCGCCUUCGCUUUGCACAUUAGAGGCCACUAAGGAGGCCGUUUUGGCCCACUGCGCAACACGUAUCCAUCUCUAUCUCUACGAGUACCAUGUGCAAAACGGAUUGCAGCACUGGUGCGGGGUCGAGUUGCAUGGCUACCGUAUGCUUCUCAGCCACCACUGUAUAUACCCUUCCCGCAUGUUCGGCGACGGCCGCCUGUUGAUGGAUAUCUCCAUCUCCGGUGGGAUGCUGCUCGGAGUGGAUGUCUGUGGUGGAGUGAAGCUGUGGCCGCAGCAUCAGUACACUGCCGUGGAGCUGAUUCUUCCAUCGGCGCUCAGCGGGGUUCGCGAAGUGCUGGUCCCCCCGCUGCCUAUGUCUGGUGCCGAGGAGGAGCGCCAACGAGCGAGGGAAGCCGAGAGUGGCAAGCAACGUGCAUUGUCUCCGCCGCUGCCGAGAAACCUACCAGGGAGCCGCGUCGUUCGCAUCAUUCACGAGGCUUCGGAGAUCCCAGCGGAGGUGGCGAGCUCCUACAAUAGUGCCUUGAAUGGGUCGCGGAGGAAGGGCAGUAAAGCUAUGCGGCCUCUCGAUCGAGGCCCUGCUGGCACGUCUGGUGGGCGCGUGAGCUCAAGCAUUGUACCGCGGUACUUCGAUGAGUUCCACAGACUGCGUAGCCAGCGAGUAAUGGAGGGGUCUCUCAAGACGGUACUGGAGGCCACCAACGCAUCCAUCAUUGGCGAGGCUCGCCUGCGCAGGCAGCGCCGUCGCUACGCAGUGAAGUACAACAGUACUGUUUGCACCAAGGGGAAGACUGCGUCCGGCGAUGAGCAGUAA